AUGGCGCGCGCCAGUUCCGAGCUGAAGGCAUUCUACCCAACUGGAAUGUUGCUCUUCUCCAAACCAUUACAGUUUGCCCCGGUGUUAAAUAUCGCUUCGCAGCAUGGACUGCAGCGAACGGGGGCGUUUGUACGGUUACCUACCUCAUUGGAAACCAAGGAGGGUCAAGCACUUUUACCGCCGAUACGCAAGCGUUUGCUGCACAUGUAG